UGCGCUUAAUCUAAGAAUCUGCAGACUGCUGAGCAUGAAUAUACUUGUUUAGCUUCUAUUAUCGGCUACAUAACAGACUGCCUCCCUGCCUACACGGCUCCUGAUAUCACAGAAGCCUGGACUUGAAUUGGGUUCUUUAGGCUUAUAGAAGUUCUCCCUUCAUCCACUCAUCAUGGUGGACUACUACCAGGUUUUAGGAGUACGGAGAGAUGCUUCUGCAGACGACAUCAAGAAAUCGUACAGAAAGCUGGCCCUGAGGUGGCACCCUGAUAAAAACCCAGAUAACAAAGACGAGGCUGAGAAGAAGUUCAAGGAGCUGUCAGAGGCGUAUGAAGUCCUGUCAGAUGUCAACAAAAGGAGCAUAUAUGAUCGCUAUGGUAAAGAAGGACUCACAGGGAACAAUGGAGGAAGAGGGGGGCAUUUCCACAACGGAGACCAUUUCCACGAACCAUUCACAUUCCGUAACCCAGAAGACGUCUUCAGGGAAUUCUUUGGAGGCAGAGACCCAUUCGCAGACUUUUUUGGUCCAGAUCCAUUUAGUGAUGAUCCAUUUUUCGGCAGCGGGCGGCGGCACCAGAGUCGGGCAAAUCGCAACCGGACAGGCGGGUCAUUUUUCGGGGGCUUUGUUGGGUUUCCUCCCUUUGGUGCUGGUUUCUCGCCUUUUGAUCCAGGCUUUGGUUCUUUUGGCUCCAUGAACACCAUGGGUCAUAUGGGUCACAUGGGACACAUGACAACUAUGGGCAGUCUGGGAGGUGGAGGCUUUACUUCUUUCUCCUCCUCCUCCUUUGGGGGAGGUGGUGGUGGAGGAGGAGGCAUGGGAAACUUUCGCUCUGUGUCCACCUCCACCAAGAUCAUCAACGGCAGGAAGAUCACAACUAAAAGAAUUGUGGAGAACGGUCAGGAGCGGGUCGAGGUGGAGGAGGACGGGCAGCUGCGGUCGUUAACCAUCAAUGGUAAGGAGCAGCUGCUGCGACUGGAACACAAGUGAAGACAGAAGAGUCUUCAGCUGGAGAAGCGUUACCUCAGCACAAACAUACCAACAACCUUGAGCUUGAAGCAAAAGAAGAAAAAAAAGCAACAAAACAAUGUAAUAAUAAUAAUAAUAAUGCUCUACUAUUGUUUGGAUGUACAUACUUAGGUUGUGUCCAUUUCCCUUUAUGUCCUUUCCCUGCUGACUCAUUUGUUAACCAACCAUUCAAAUCAGACUUUUCUAUGCAUUUUGUUUUUAUGUAUUUCUGAAAUUGGAAUUGUCCUUAUAUUUUGGCUCAGGGUGGUGUUAUUGUUUCAGUGUAUGGGACCACAGUAUUGUUCUAAUGUAUAUGACUCCCUUUCUUCUACUACGUUCCAUAUGUACUCCAUUGUGUAUCAGCCUGUGUGUGGACAGCACACUGCGUUCAGAAAACAAAGCAUGACUUUGCUUUUUCAUCUGAAUAGUUAAAAAAAAGGAAAAAAAAAAGAAUUUGAUUUUAAAAAGUGGGUAGGCUUAACUGAAGCAUCUUCCCCCUCUCUGUUUACUGCUUGUCUAACCUGUUCUUAGUAAUAAUUUUUUUUUAAUUAAAAAUACAAUGCUGGUAGGAGUUAUGCAAUUUUGUAUGUUCUAAUACCAACGUGUUUUGUUUAUUUAAUGAUGCAUGUACACCUGUUGAUGUUCAGUCUUAAUGUUAAAGCUGCAUUAUGAUGCACAAAUGACGGAAGUCGUUCUAUAAAUGAUAUAUGAAUAUAGAAGGAAUUUUGUGUACUUUGUAAUCCAAUAAAUAUGAGUUUUGUCCUGUUUUCAGGAUG